CCUGUCUCUGUUUAUUUAUUUCUCUUUUUUUCCCCCUUUUUAAUUAUCAUUAAUUCACUCCUACACCUCUCUCUCUCUCUCUCUCUCUCUCUCUCUGUGAAACCCUAAAAGCUCGCCAAUCAUUCAGCUCAGGCGAUAGGCUUCGAAUUGGUAAGCUUGGCCAUAAUGAGGAAGGGAAACUUAAUCCCUAAUCUCAAACUUACUCUCCCUCCCCCCGACGAGGUCUCCUUGGCCAAGUUCCUGACUCGAAGCGGUACGUUUAUGGAUGGCAACCUGCUCGUGAACAGAGACGGGGUUCGAAUUGUCUCUCAGACUGAAGUUGAAGCUCCACCUCCUAUCAAGCCAACAGACAACCAGUUGAGUUUAGCGGACAUUGACACUAUUAAAGUCAUAGGAAAAGGCAAUGGUGGAAUUGUGCAAUUGGUGCAACACAAAUGGACUGGUCAGUUCUUUGCAUUAAAGGUAAUUCAAAUGAAUAUUGAGGAGUCAUAUCGCAGGCAAAUAGCUCAGGAGUUGAAAAUUAAUCAAUCGGCACAAUGUCCAUAUGUCGUUGUCUGUUACCAGUCUUUCUAUGAUAAUGGUGCUAUUUCAAUCAUCUUAGAGUACAUGGAUGGUGGAUCUCUAUUAGAUUUUCUGAAAAAAGUCAAAACAGUUCCAGAGCCAUAUCUUGCUGCUAUCUGUAAGCAGGUGCUGAAGGGUUUGCUGUAUCUUCAUCAUGAAAAGCACGUUAUCCACAGGGACUUGAAACCCUCUAAUUUGUUGAUAAAUCAUAUAGGGGAAGUAAAGAUUACUGACUUUGGUGUGAGUGCAAUUUUGGCAAGCACCUCUGGGCAGGCCAAUACGUUUGUUGGCACGUACAACUAUAUGUCUCCAGAGAGAAUUGUUGGAGGCAAAUAUGGCUACAAAAGUGACAUUUGGAGUUUGGGAUUAGUAUUGCUCGAGUGUGCAACAGGUCAAUUCCCAUAUUCACCACCAGAGCAGGGUGAAGGAUGGGUAAACUUUUAUGAGCUUAUGGAAACUAUCGUUGACGAACCACCACCUUCUGCACCUUCGGAUCAAUUUUCUCCACAGUUCUGCUCUUUUAUUUCUGCAUGUGUUCAGAAAGAACCAGAAGCUAGACUGUCAGCACAUCAACUUAUGGCUCAUCCUUUCAUUACCAUGUAUGAAGACUUGGAUGUUGAUCUCUCAUCUUACUUCACCAGUGUAGGAUCUCCACUUGCAACCUUGUAAAACUUAUCUGGAUCAAAAUCCUUAACUUUCAGUGAAGUUACGAUGUUUCCCAUCUGUCGAUAUCUGUUGACAAUGGCAAAAGGAGGGCACACAACCAGCUCAUAGUUGCAUCUGGGGACAAAGAAACCAAUGAAAUGAUGCUGUUUUUUAUACAUAUAAGGCAAAAACAGCAUUCAACAUGCAAGCGUUUUCCUGCAAGCCUAAUAGAGCAUAGCCUUAUGUCUUUCAACAAAGCAAAUCAGACUAGCAAAUUAGGGCUAGGGAACUCUUUAGCAGUUGAGAGAAGCCUGCAAGCUGGAUGCGGCCAGUGCCUUGAAUGUGGCAUUAUUCUAAGCACAGUUCAUGUGCUGCUACUACCUCGAGCUUGUCUUCCAUGCAGUUGGAUAUUGUAGUAAUACUGAUGGAACUAAUCAUUGGCUGAUUAAAAAUUUUUGGGCUACUGAGUGUUGUGAGAAGGGGCAUUUGAGGAUGCAAAGUAACUUUGAGACUAAGGAAUACCUCUGUGUUAUUGCCAUGAGAGGUUCUUUUAUUUUUUGCAUUAAUAUUUUAUCUGGAUGCAUUAAUAUUCAAUGUCUUGUAAUUUAGAUAUUUAUACAGAUUGUGCACUUUUGUAA